GUGUUGCCCCAGGAGAUGGUCUACUUGCAGGCAUGCUGAACGCAGAGGAUGAGGAAGAGGAGUACUCCUCUGGCGCUUCCAAAACGUUCACUCCGUUCAUUGUCAAUCCACUGAAAACAAAGACGCAAACAGAAAGAAUGCUGAACGGAAGGUUGCUGGACCUGCAGGAGAGUUUCUUCAUCAGUCACCUGAACGACAAGCCGCUGUCUGGACCAAUCUCCAUCGACGUCCCCAUCAACACAGAGCUGUUUCCGGAAGGGACACUGCCCGCACUGCUUUUCUGGAACACCGACCCCCAACAGUGGAUGGAUGCCUCCCGCACCUGUCCACCUGAAUAUGUCUCACUGUAUGAUGAGGAAAAGAGCUUGCUGAGCGUGAAAGUUUGUUCAACACAUCCCAUCACUGAACAAUCAUCAAAGAGACGCCGCCGUCGGUCCACCAAUCCAAGGUUCUUCAGUGGCUCCUCGCAGUUUGCCGUGUUUUCUGUCGACAAAACGAUUAGAAAUUCUGCUCCUGUCAUCACGACGCCUUCAACAGUGACCAUGGUGGAAGACGCAGGAACUCUCAAGGCUCAGCUCAAGGCCGAAGACCCGGAAGGAGACGUGUUGAUCUUUUCUCUGGACACCGAAUCUGAGAAAGUUCUGACGGGACACGCUGUAAUGAGUCCUGACGGAAUGCUGCAGUAUACUCCGUGCCUGCACUGUUACGGACAGGACGAAAUCGACUACAUCGUUCGAGAGGAGCUGACAAUCCAGCCAGAAGCGCUCGAGGUUCGGGGGACUCUUACAAUCACCGUGACAUCAACCAAUGACGACCCAGAUCUGGUAUUCCUAGAAGAUGGCGCCAACAUUGUUUCGGUUCGCGGCCCAAUAGCAUACAACCCCUUGCCGCUGCCAAUCAUGCUUGAUAGCCAGCGUGACCUCAUGUUUUGGAUGUACGAUGUCGAUGAGCCAGAUAUUUCAGAUGAGCUGGAGUUCCAAGUAACACAACCAACAUACGGUAGCCUCAUGGAAGUUGGUGAAGCGUGCAAAGCGGUCACAUUCACGUCGACCUCUUGCGAAGCAGGGGCCAUCGAUGAUUUAGUCACUUUUAGCGCUGCCGCUUGCACCGUUUGUAGGCCAACCAAUCUGAACAACACCGGGUCCAAAGGAAUUGACGACGUCUCUUGGGGGCUGACAAGGUUCACAUACACCGCUACAAAUGAGUCUUUCAUGUACAGCUCCUUAUUUGGGAAGGAUACGUUUACCCUGCAAGGCGUAGACGCGGACGGUGGAGUGUCGAAGGCAUUACCAGUCGACAUGCUUGUCCUUCAAACCUGCAUGAAUGGUGGAACGUGCGUCGGCCCUGCCGAGGACCCGAACUGCGAAAAUCCCGAAGUGGCCACUGACUUAUCUGCCUAUUCUUGCAACUGUACAGCAGGCUACCUUGGUGCACUCUGCCACUUGGAGUUUAUACCAUGCCAACCACCGAUUGCCCCAGAGGACGGCUCGUACAGCCCUGUUAUCAAUGGUACUUUCAUCAACACGGACGUCGUGGUCUUCUCGUGCGAGCUCGGCUUCUAUGUGAAAGGCGAGUCAGCGCUGAUGUGUCAGUGGGAUGGAACCUGGAACGCCACCAUUCCUACCUGCGAAAUUGUACAAUGCCCAACGAUACCAAAUCCAGACAAUGGUGCUGUUGUCCCCCCUGGUCCCAAAUUCUAUGAUGACUUGGCCUCCAUCCAGUGUGACGAUGGAUACUGGCUGAACGGAUCUUCGAUUCCUAUCCUCUGUCAAGCCGACGGCACCUGGAAUGGGACUGUUGGCAACUGCCCCCCUGUCCCAUGCCCAACUGGAAUAACUCCUGGGAAUGGUACCAUGAUUCCCCCUGGACUGAAGUACUUCCCGGAUGUGGCUACUUUCACCUGUGCAGAGGGAUUCAACCUAGCCGGCCCUUCCCAAAUCAGCUGCACGGAGGAGGGCACCUGGAGUGCAGAACCCCCUACUUGCAAUCCCGUGCCAUGCCCACCGCUGUCAGCGCCGCCCAAUGGUGACGUCACCCUCACCGGCCUAGGUGCCUUCUUCAUGGAGAACGCCACCUUCACAUGUACCCUGGGUUACGUCCCGGAUGCUGAGCACAUCCUCACCUGCCAAGCUAACGGCACCUGGACAGGCAGUGCUCCUGGCUGCAGAAUUGCAAUCUGUCGGAAUUUGACGACUCCAGAACACGGUACCAUGGUUCAUGAUGAGGAGCUUCUGUACCUGGCGGAGGCGAGGUUCACCUGUCCCGAUCCCAAUCACAUCAUGGUCGGCCAUUCCCUCAUCACCUGCCAAGCUGACGAAACCUGGAGUGCACCUGAACCUGAAUGCAAAACCUGUAAGCAGCAGUUCAGCCUCCCUGGGAGCAACUUCCACAUGUACGAGCGUCGCUGCUACUGGUUCUCGCGUAGGAGGGAUAGGAAGAAGUACGAAGAGGCCCAGAGCUUUUGCGAGGGCGGCGGAGCCGGAGGACUGGUGACGAUCAAGAGCGCAGAAAAGAACGCGUUCGUCACCGGCAUCCUUAGAGGUUUCCGUCAGCGAAGGAACUUUUGGAUUGGUCUGGAUGACAAUGAGUCAGAGGAGUCCUUCACCUGGAAGGAUGGGACAAACUUGGAGAGCGGAGACUUCACCAACUGGAAGUUCCCUCCCAGACGCCACAAGAAACGUGACUGUGUGACAAUCCAUCGUCAAGGAUCGUACCAGUGGGUUCUGGUGCACUGCGACCGAGCCAGAAAUGGCUUCAUCUGUGAGAUGGACGACACCAAGCUUAACUGAAAGGUCCCGUGAAGAACUGGACAGCGCUGUUGAGAACAUCCUUGUGCAGCAGUUAGCUUAAGGAACUUAUGACAACAUACUAUAUAAGGCAACCCAUUUAUCAAAUUGAAUCUACUAACCAUUGUUGAUAAGGUCUUGAGAGGUGUAAGUUCUUAUUCACUAAUAUAUAUAGAGAGAGACAGACAGACAGACAGACAGACAGAUAGACAGUGCAAGAAAGACAGAGCAAGACAGAGACAGAAGCAGAGAGAGUGAGACUUAGAGACAGAGAGAGAGAGACUUAGAGACAGAGAGAGAGAGAGAGAGAGAAGAGAAAUAUAUAUAAUCAUAUAUAACCAUAUAUAUAUACAUGUAUAAUCAUCAUAACUUUUGAUUCAGACGACAAGAUAUAUGUUUUGUCAGCCUUCUACUGGUACUUCGUGUCUCUCAUGGUUGAAGAUGAAAUACCCCAGAAAUGUAACCUCCAAGCAAAUUUAUCAUUGGCAAGUAAGUAUCCAAAGGGUCAACCAGUAUCUAAAAGGCCACUGGAGCCUGUAAUUGGUUGGCCCUUUGGGUAAUGUCUUACCACCGGUAAAUCUGCCUGGAGAUUAACAGAUAUGUUGACUGAAUAAGCACAAUCUAAUGAAAGAUCAGCACCAAGGUCAGGGUCAACCACAUUUCUUGUGACACUUCAUCUUUGACUAUUUUGUAAACAACCUACUUCUACAUGUAUUUCCUUCAAUAUGUCUUUUUCAUCAGCCCUCUUACUAGUGUAUAAUCAGCUCUGCCACUUUUGGUCGCGUAUAAAAUACUAUGCUUUGCAUUCUCAUUCAUAGGUAUGCAUACUUUUAACAAUUAUGACAUCAAGUAUUUUACUGGUGGCUACUAUUACAAAUGCACGCUGUGGUCUUAAGGAAUCUAUUAACUUAAAGAACUUUGAUCUAAUUUCCAGAACUUUCUAAAGUCAACAUUUAAUGUAAAUUGGUGUUUUUUUAUAUAAGAUAAGUUUGUCAUAUACAAAACUAUAGGGGCAUAUCAUCAUAUUGUAUACUGGUGUAUAAUACAUUUUCUACCGACCAUAUAAAGUAACUGAAUCACCAAGGCCAUACAACCAUGUUUGAAGCACAGACCACUGCAUUUAAAGAAAAACUGUAAAUGCAGUGAAAUGUUUAGGACAAAUCUAAAACAAACAAUGAACGCUAUUGUCACAGAUCGACCAUACGUUUUAUCUAAGCAUUGUUUACUUUUGCAAUGAUUGUUAACGGAAGCAAUAAAGGGUUAUCAAAUACAAUAUUAUUGCAGUAACUAUCUGGUGAAUAAAAUGAGGUGAAAAAAUCCA